AUGGCGAACCAAGUGAUCUCCGGAAUCAAGGAAACAGCUCAAUCGAUUACCGGCGCGGCUCGUCCGUGGGGCGAUUUUCUCGAUCUUUCCGCUUUCAGCUUCCCUUCAUCCGUCGCCGAUGCCACGACUCGCCUGACUCAGAACCUUACUCAUUUCCGCAUCAACUACAGUAUCAUCCUCUCAGUGCUCCUAGCUCUAACCUUAAUUACACGCCCGAUCGCCAUCCUCGCGUUUGUCGCCGUGGGUCUAGCUUGGUUCUUCCUUUAUUUCGCUCGCGAGGAGACGCUUACGAUCUUCGGCUUCACCAUCGACGACGGCGUCGUGGCGGUGCUUCUCAUCGGUCUUACCAUCGCGUCGCUAGUUAGCACCGGAGUUUGGCUCAGAGCACUCACCACCGUUGGAUUCGGAGUACUGAUCUUGGUCAUACACGCCGCGCUAAGAGGAACGGAGGAUCUAGUGACGGACGAUCUGGAAUCGCCUUAUGGACCAAUGCUCUCUACCGCCGGCGGUGAUAACGACGGAGCGCGUGGAGAUUACAGUGGACUUUGA